AUGUCUCUCCUGGCGCGCGUUGAUACCCAGACGAAACAUAAGACACUGGAGGACUACUUUGAUGACGAGUUCAAGCCAGAUGCUCCCGGUAGCUGCCACCGCUGGGAGAACAAAGUCCCAGAGGCUUGGGAAGAAACCGUCCAAAUGCUUCGAGUGGCGACCGGCAAAGCGACGAUGCUGAAGUCCUCAAUGCCUGCGCCUGCGAUGGCUGAGAGAUGGGAAGAGUGGAUUCGUGCGGAGCAGACGUUUCGAGCUUUAUUCGGCAAGCCUCACUCAAAGCUCAAGAAUCAGCCUGGCACACCAUUGGGCGAUAGAACCAUGGCAGAGAUCAUCGAAGAUCGAAUCGGCGGCGUGCUCUCCGCUCAACUCGAACUCCCCCAGAAGCCUUAUUUGCGUUGUGACUCAGAUUACUUUCUGUACGUCAGGGGCGACCAUAUAGAUCCUCGGGAUACGGGUACAUCAGCAGAAGAUAAGCACACAAUCGCGAGACCGAGUGAAAGUCACAUUCCGUGUCCAAACGGGGCCUGGAUCCUGCAGGGUUUUGCGAAAAAAGACAGCUUCUACUCCUGUCAGGUACAUUCUGUUGAACCAGGUGAGAAACUGGUCAGGAGAGAUGUCUGCAUGAGCGAUCCCAAGCUCGGCAAGAACCUAGCGCAAAGUUUUUGGUUCGAGUAUACCAUUCCAUCUGAUCCCUGGAAUUGGAAUUCUAAACGGAGGAUAGUGACCUGGUGUCCUGAGGCAUUGAACAGAGAGAGCUGGUCGGCCGCUGCUGGGGCGCAUAGUAUCAAGGAGGGCGAUCGGCUUGGUCAUUCAAUGGCUCUGACCUGGGUGCACGAGAUGUAUCAUUACGUCCAACGCUGGCUUGAUGGACCCGCACUCAAAUCCGAUGGCAGCCUGUGGGCGGGAAAACAAACGUAUGGCUGGAACAAGGCCGUAAAUCUCGGUCAACACAGGCCAGAGCGCGCAAUUGUUUCUCCCGAGAACAUGGACCUGUUCGCCGCGGCAAUGUACUUCAAAGAGUGGCACUGGGGGAGUGGGUUGGCAAAGAAAUGCCCGGAAGAGGAUGACUUUGAUCCUAUCAAAGUAUAUCCACCGGACCCGACCCCGCCUGAAGUCACGAACGAUUCCGAUCAAUCAUCGGAAUCGGAUACCGGGUCCAGCGACUCGCAUCACUCCGGUGACGAGUCGAACACGUUGCAACCCAAUUCCCCGGCAAGAAGAAAUGCUGUGCCGCAGCACAAGAGAAGAAACCAGGAACCCCAGGACGAUGGUAACUCUGAUUCUACUAUCGACGCUGAGCAAGCGAGUAGGGAAACUUCGGCAAAUGAUGACGACGCUACUGCAGAGGUAUCCAAAGAGGGACUACCCCUGAAGCGAGAAGAUGAAUAUGCCUCGCGCGAACUCGAGAACUUUUUCCGCUCUGCGUGGGCAGACAUCCUUGACAUCCUUAGCAUUGCUAAACAGAAGGCGGAGCUUUUGGCGGCAACGAAAUCGUCGAACCCAGAGGAGAUAAGAGAACAGCUGAGGCUGAAGCAAAUUUUCCGAGCACUUUUUGGAGACUCAAGUCCUACUCUCUUAGCAGAAAACUAUCAGUACCUCUUGGUGUACGGUAUCGAGAGCCAGAUAUACCUACAAUGCGGCGACAACGCUCUCGUCUAUUUGAAAGCCACGUCUGUGGACCCAAGGGACGCUGGAACGCCCAAUGAAGGAAAAUACACUCUCGCGAAAUCAUUAUCUCCCAACGAGCCAUGUCCUCAUGGCGCUUGGUUCUUCGCUGGACUUGAAAAGGCAAAAAGCUUUUAUGAAUGUCAACAUACGCCACUUCCAGGUAGAUACACCUUCCGCCACGCCGGGUGGUGUCCUGGUCGGCAAACCUAUGGUCAAGUGGUCGAAACGCCUACGAAAACUGUCCUGGGCUUCUGUAACAGCAUUCUCUCCAGCGACACAUGGUCGGUGAAAGAAGAGUCCACCAAUAUUAAAGAGGGCCAGGACUUCCAUUUCGACAAGUACCUCCAGUCAACCUGGAUCCACGAGAUGUUCCACUAUAUCGAGAAAUUUAUCGACGAACCAUCUGUUGACGACACAGGAAAACCCCAAGGUGAGGCUCCAUACGACAGCAGCAUGCGAAAAACAUUUGGAUGGCCAUCUUGUGUAGAUCUUGGACAACAUGAACCCGAGCGUGCACUCAAAUCCCCAGAAAACUUGGCGGCCUUUGCCAUGGCAGCCUACCUGGAGCAAUGGCAUUGGGCAAGUGGUGUUGCCAAAAAAGCACCAGAAAAAGAGCCUUUCGAUCCAAUUCAAGCGUACAAAACCAAUAUGCACGAUCAAUCUUCACGGAUAAUAUCAUGA